AUGACACGGAAGGGCCAGCCAAAGUCGGAUGACUUCCGGCCGGUCUCCGGAUUGUCUCCGGGGCUGGAGUUUUCAACCGGGGCCGGCUGCCGAGACGAGACUGGACGAGCGGCCCCGUCUCCGGUUGCGUCACGCAAGGUAAAGUGCGAUGAAGCAAAACCGGCGUGCGCGCGCUGCACCAGCACCGGCCGCAAAUGCGAGGGCUACGCCGUCGUCGUCCCCAGCAACCGGGCCAUCGCCCGCGCCCGCUCGCGCACUACGAGGCUGAGAGACGCGCUCGCGCAGGCCAGGGCGGGCUGGGAAUUCGAAUCGGACCAGGCCACCGUGGAGUACUUUGCCCGGGACGUCGCCCCCAACCUGCCGCAGAACUUUGAAAACAAGUUCUGGUCCGACCUCGUGCCGCGCCUGACAAUCCAAUCCCCGGCAGCUAUGACGCCAGGCAUCUCGAGCAUACCAGAGCUCGCAGAACCAGACCGGCAAGACACCCUCACGCCGACGAACCCCUUCACAUCACCCCAAAGCCAAGCCGGCGGCGACGACCCCGACGACGACAUGACGCAGCCAAACGACGUGGACGUCGUCCUCUCCUGCUGCAUCCUCUUCAUCGCCACGGAAUUCCUCCGCAAGAGCUUCGACGCCGCCAUGCAGCACCUCGCCAGCGGCAUCAACAUCCUCAAUAACGUAGACUACGACGAGCUGGAACAAGACACCCUCGACGAAAUCGUCCCGAAAUUCCACCGCCUCAGCAUCAUCCAGCUCUGCUACUACGACAAACCGGGCUUCCCCUCACUCAACCUCCAACACGGCGGCGGCACCGGCGGCGGCGGCGUAGGAAGCCUCGGCGGGCUGGGAUCCAGGUACAACCUUGGCCCCUUUGACAAGAGCAGUAGCAUCUACCUCCCCAAACGCGCCGUCGACCCGAUCCUCCUCGACGCCAUCCGCUACAUCCGCUCCGCCGACCCCGGAUCGCAGACCGACUCCCGCCUCGCCUCAAAGGGCCCCGUCAUGUCCGAGGAGCAAAAACACAUCUGCGUCUCGCUCGACCGCUGGCACGCCGCCUUCCUCGCCUUUGUCGAGAACCCCCGCAAAGACGCCGACGGCGACCGUCCCCUGCCGAAGCAUCAGGGUCUCAUCUGCGCCGAGACGGAGAUGAAGUACCAGGCGGCCAAGAUCUGCAUCAGCGUCUGCCGGUCCCACGACGAGUCUGUGUACGACUGCUUCAAGGAGAAUUUCGCGCGCAUCGUCGUGCUCGCGCGGUUGAUCCUCGACAGCUGCCCGGACGUGCCACCCGAGACGCCGGACGAUUUCCAAUUCGAUUUUAAACCGAGUUUCCUCUCCCUUGUCGAGUUUGUGAUUGUUAAAUGCCGCUGGCUCGAUAUACGGUACCAGGCGUGGCUCAUUGCGUGGGAACUCGCCAUGGGAAGGCGGGAGCCCGUGACGCUGGGCGAGGGACAUGAGCUGCACUACAUCGGGAAGCGGAUGAUUGAGCGGGAACACAACGUCAGCAUCGAGGAGGUGACGAGGCAGAACGCCAGCCUGUUUUCGUUGCCGGCCGAGGAGAUGCGUGUCAAGGACUACCUUAGCGAUGCCCGGUUCGCGGAUUUGGUCCAGGCGGACGACAAACAGGAUAAAUCAUCGUCGGCAGCCGCGGUACAGGUCCCGUACACCCAACGUCUGCUGCUGCGCUGCGGCAGCUGUGAGUUGGAUCAGCUUGCCGGCUGGAUGGAGGGCUACGAGUUUUCGGGGAGGGAGCAGUGA